CUCAAUGCGACCGGGCAUCAUAAGGUGGUGUUUAGUGCGAAGCGCUCUGGUGAUCGGGUCGUUUCGCUAGCGUUGCUGACCUUAUUCUGGAAUGAUGGAUGCAUUGUCCAAGCUCAUUUCAGAUGUUUUCCCCGCGGCACCUGGCGCAAAAGUAGAGGUGCGAUACCCGUCGGGCGUCUCCGCGGACUGCGGCAAUGAGCUGACGCCGACCCAGGUCAAGGAACGACCGAAGGUCUCCUGGCAGGCGGACCCCGGCACUCUGCACACCCUCAUCAUGACAGACCCCGACGCUCCAAGUCGGACAGACCGAUCAAUGAGCGAGGUCCGCUAUUGGCUGAUGGUCAACAUUCCUGGAUGUCAGGUGGAUAAAGGCGACGAGGUCUCCGAAUAUAUUGGCUCUGGCGCGCCCAAGGGGACCGGACUGCACCGCUACGUCUUCCUCGUCUACCGACAGCCGGACUCCAUCACCGUCGACCCUUCGCUGCGCGUGACGCGCUUCCAGCGGGGGUCGCGUCCCAAGUGGAGCGCCCAGAAGUUCGCCCUGGAGCACGGCCUGGGAGCGCCUCUGGCUGGAAACGCGUUCCAAGCGCAGUACGACGACUACGUGCCGAUCCUGCACCAGCAGCUGUCGGGUUGACAGGGGCGCGCUCAGGGCAGCCGAG